AUGCCCUCCAAGCGACGCAACAACGGCCGCUCCAAGCAUGGCCGCGGCCACACUGCCAUCGACAAGGCCAUCAAGCGCUUCCAGGUCCGUAACAUGGUGGACGCAUCCUCGCAGAGAGAUCUGAGGGAGGCCAGUGUGUACUCGAGCUUCAUGCUCCCCAAGCUCUACAUGAAGAUGCUUUACUGCGUCUCCUGCGCCAUUCACGGACGUGUGGUGCGCGUCCGCAACAAGGCCGGCUACGGUUUUGGGUUUCAUAAAAAUUCGUUGGACUGUGACUAA